UGUCCCAACCUGCAGAUGUCACUACUUGCGCGCGAGUUGAUAUAUCGUCUGGUUAUGAUGUCCCGGAUCGAUUGGAAGUAGAGCCUAGUUACGUGUCAAGAUCGUAGUUUGUGAAUAUUUACGUGUAUGAAUCGUCGUGGUCGAACGUGUAGAUUGACGUCCUAACGGUGGAGAAGUUUUCUUACAAAGUCACACACACAAAUUUCUUUAUUUUCUCUCACGUGUGUGACAAUUCACUGCUAUACUUAGAGCACCAUAAUUGCUGGUUAGGAAAAGUAGCGGCGAUAUUUAAACAUGGAUAUAAUCCUGGUGCGCGGGCUCAGAUUUAGCUCUGAUUUGCGCAACGUUCCGACAUUAUUAACAAAAUAUUUCCCAUUAUCGGCGUGUUGUACAUGUCGCGUUGAGACGAUGCGUUGGGAAACCACAAGAAUAUUACGAACGCCGGCCAGCACAGUACGCAGUAUCAAGCUUGUCUCACUUGCAGAAAAGUAUCCCCUUUACAGGAUUGCAUCACAUAACUCUUUAGGCUUCGUAAAUCACAUACUGGCGUGUCAAAGGUCAUUGAAAGAAAACGUUAACAAACAUGGAAUUACCCUGGCAUACUACUCGGAUUUUAAGCAGAAAUCCGAGAGCGAUUACCAAAAGCCUCAAGAAAAGCAAAAAGUAUCAAUAUUUCAAAAGAUGAAACAAAUGACCAAAGACUACUGGCAUGUAUUAAUACCUGUGCACGUUGUCACUUCCAUAGGAUGGGUAGCUAUAUUUUAUACUGCUGUUAGGAAUGGUGUGGAUAUAGUACAAUUAUUGGAAUAUAUGAAUUUUAGUGGAAAAUAUGUAGAUGUAGUAUGUAACUCUGGAGCUGGCGACUGGGCUAUAACUUAUGCGCUUUAUAAGAUAUUUACUCCACUUAGAUACACAGUUACUAUUGGAGGCACAACCAUGGCUAUCAGACAUCUGAGCAAAUUAGGCUACGUGAAGGCGCCAUCAUUCAAACGUCAGUCAGCAGAGCCUACGCGCAAAAUCAUGACCAAUACAGUCAAUGAAAUCUGCAGCGGAACACGAGACAAAAUUCAAGGCAGAGUGUAAAACGGAGCGGCACACAGAACCGCCGAAACCAUAAUAUAUUGCCCGCACUAUGUCAGACCUAUGAGUUGGAUUCAAUGUAGCUCGGGAUUCAAUUAUACAAUACCAUCGAUGUACAUUUCGCAUUGUAAAUUAUGUGUGUCCUGAUAAAUAUUCACUUGCUUUUACCUC